CUGACGUCCUAACUGCUGAGUUGUUUCUGAAGGAGGAAACCCCUCUUCCGACAACUCCUGGACUCGCCGAGUCGUUUUCGUUGGGUCAGAACAUAGGGAAUCGUCGAAGGUUCCAGAGUGGAGAGACAGAGAGAGGUCAGCCGUCGGUAAUUACAAGAGUUCGUAGCAUAUUCGCUCUCUGUCUUUCUCUCGGUUGUUGCCUUCGAUAAACGAGGAGAAGAGGAGGUGGAUGCUUGGUUCUCCUGGAACCGGAAGAGGAUAUAGAGGUGCAUUUACUUGCGAUGGCAGAACAAGAAGCUAUUACCAACAUCUCUGUCACUUGGAGGGGAAAUCAGUUGAAUGUGGAUAUUCCAUUAAAUGCUACUAUGGAAGAAUUGGGAUCCAAGCUGCAGAAAUUAACAAACGUCAUGCCAAAUACUUUAAGAUUGCUUAUUCCUUAUUCUGGCAGUAAGGGUUCCAAACUGGUAUAUCCUUUCUCGGAAGAGCAUUCAAAAUGUAGGCUGAACGAUUUUGGUACCCUUGAGAGGAAGCCCGUGCGUAUGAUGGGAAUCUUUUCUAAUGAAAUUGAAGAAGUUUCUGAUAAUGGUACCAGGCUAGAUCUUCGAAUAGCUGGAUUUGCUGAGGAGGAUAACAGACUACGACAAAGGAUGGCAGAAGGCCCUCCUGUUGCCAAGCUCCCAAAAGGGACCUAUAUUUUCUGUGAUUUUCACACACUUCAGAUUCCCGGGAUUGAGUUGAGUCCUCCAGCAACAGAGGCAUUGAAAAUAAUGCACACACUUGCCAGCGAUCCGGGCAUUGUUGCUGUUAUGAACAAGCAUCACUGGCGGGUAGGGAUCAUGUCAGAAUUGGCACCAAUUGGUUAUGUGGGGGUGAGUCCAAAAUGCAUUCUUGGGUUCAACAAGAAUCAAGGAGAGGAGAUUUCACUGAGGCUGCGGACAGAUGACCUUAAGGGCUUCAGGAAGUAUGAGAGCAUCAAGAAGACAUUGUUGCAUGAACUUGCUCACAUGGUGUACUCAGAACACGAUGAAAAUUUCUUCGCACUAAAUAAGCAGCUAAAUCAAGAAGCCAUUAGUUUAGACUGGACAAAAUCAAGAAGCCAAACGCUGACUGGACAUAAGAACUUGGAUGCCUAUGGAAUGGAGUUUCAUCAAACAAUGCCUAAAGUUUACAAGCUUGGUGGUACAGGUUUAAAUAAACUGGCAGAUGCACGUACUGCCUCUGUGCAGGCGGCUUAUGAUCGCUUUUUAAGUGCUUCUAUUCAUACUUUAGAGAAUCAGUUAAAUGGUGGAAGCACAGCUGCUCAUGUAGAAGCUGAUGUCUGUGAUUCAGUGAAGGAAGAACCUAACUUUCAGAAAUUGAUUCCUGGGAUGAUGCGUGAUUCCAAUCUGAAGGAUGAUGGCUUGAGGAGGCUGAAUGAUGAUAAACAAGAACAGGAACUUGAUGAUUGCAGGGGAAGUUUAGUUGAUCUCAAAGACGCCGAGCCAGAUCCUGAUGACUCUGAAACAAAAGGGGAAAUAGAGGUGGUGUUCAGAAGGCCUGCUAAAUGUCAAAAUAGAUUUUCUGAAGAACCUGAUCCGGAUGAUCAUGUGGGGAAAAACUGUUUUACAGACAAAAGUGAACCUGAAAAAGGUUCUGCAUAUCAUAAAACAGGGAAUAUUAUAAUGCAAAAUGCAGCAAAUGAACCAGAUCCAGAUGAUUUCCUAGCGACCGUCCAUGUUGAGCAGGAUGCUGAGCAUGCUUCUCUGACAAAAGUUGCUGCUUGCGUUAGUCGCAAUCGUGCACUUGAUUCCUCGAAUGCAAAAUGCUCUGUGGAAGAAAAUUGGAUUGAUGAGCCAGAUCCAGAUGAUUUACCUGAGCAAGAAAUAUCUAAUUCAUCGUGCAUGGAAAUUGAUCAACAAAACAAGUUGCAGGAAAACAAAAUAUCAGAGAUUGAUGAUCAUUUGACAAAGUUGAAUGAAGAUCCUGAAAUAAAGAGAAUUCAAGACCCUGUUUCUGUUUUGUGGACUCGCCUUGAUGGGGCUAUUGAGAUUUUGCGCAGUGAAACCACGCCCACAGAGGCUGCUUCUAUCCUUCAAACCCUCCUCAAGAUUGUUCGUAAUGUGAUUGAACACCCUACUGAGACUAAAUUCAGGCGUCUGCGGAAGGGUAAUCCCAUCUUCCAGAAAUAUGUUGCUAAUCAUAAAGCUGCCAUGGAGAUCCUUGCUGCAGUCGGUUUCUGCGACGAUGUCUCAUAUGAUGGGAUGGGAAGGUCAGAAGCAUUUUUGGUGCUGAAAAGGAAUGAUUUGGGUUUACUGUGGCUUGCUAAAUCCUCUUUAGAAGUUUCCAUUGCUUAAGUUCCCCAUGUAGCAUAAGUUGACACUAAUUGUGUAUUUAUAUAUGGGAAUGUGUGAAUCGUGUAUAUAAACAUGGUACUUUUGUGCAUAUUGGGUGCACGCGAUGUGUUAAUAUUUCAUAGUGAAAUUUCGUAGACUGGUAGUUUAAGUUUUAGUACUACUACAAGGCCUGAAAUAUAAGACUUGCUCUUUUCCAGUCUUUGUGCA